AUGUUACUCACUCAUCACCUUCAUCUCCCUUUCACUCAUUCACUCUUCACCACCCCCUUCCGCCCCUUGCACCUCACCACUCCAAUCCUCAACCUCAAACCACCAUCCAUACCCCCCAGGUUUACUUCCUUCACCGUCCACGCCGAUUCAUAUCGCUCCCAAUCCCAACCUUCCAUCCCCAACCAUGUCGUAGCCAAUUCCACGAUCGACUCCUUCCUUUCGCUUCUCGAAUUCCUGUGCCUUCUCGCUUCGCUCAUUGUGUCGGCUAACGUCGCCGUGAUUGCGGUUUGGAAGAAGGAGUUGUAUGAAGCGAUAGGUAACAGAGUUGCUCCGUGGAGUAUGUUGUUGUUGGUGGUUGGUGUUUUUACUGGCGCGUUGAUUAGGAGAAGGAGAAGGAGGGAUAUUAUGAUCGGUGGAGUUCCGGCGUCGGAGGUGACAUUGUUGCCGAGGAUUCAGAAAUUGGAAGGGGAUUUGGCUAGGUCUGCCAAUGUUAUUAGGGUUUUGUCUAGGCAGCUUGAGAAAUUGGGGAUGAGGUUUCAAGUCACUAGGAAGAAUUUGAAGGAACCCAUAAAUGAGACUGCUUCUCUCGCACAGAAGAAUUCCCAGGCUGCAACAGUAUUAGCCAUGCAAUCAGACGUUUUGCAGAAGGAGGUCGAGGAAAUUCAAGAAGUUUUACUAGCAAUGCAGGAACAACAGCAAAAACAACUCGAUCUCAUUCUUGCAAUUGUGAAGCCUGCUAAGCCAUGGGAAAGCAAGGGAAUUAAUGAGGUGAAUCAGGAGGUCCACCAAAUUUAA